AUGGCGGACGCUGAGACUUUUGCUUUCCAAGCGGAGAUCAACCAGUUGCUCUCCCUCAUCAUCAAUACCUUCUACAGCAACAAGGAGAUCUUCCU